AUGGCUACUCUCAGUUUUCUGGGAAGCUCCACGAUGAAGCCUUCUUGUAGAAUCCUGAUCGCUCGUCGAAGCGCCGCGUUUUUGGAAUUCCCAUAUCCGAAACGCCUCCACUCCUUAGCCAACAAUUCUCCAAGCUUUCGUUUCAGUUCCGGUCCAAAAUCACAGUUUUCCCCCCACCCCUUUCGUCUACUUGGUUUUCCACGAGUAACCAACAAUACACCCAAGUGUUUUUAUGCACCCAGUUCCAGUUUUGGUCAAUAUAGAGCCACAUCGAGACCUAGCAAUCUAGCUUCGGCAACGAGAAGCAGAUAUGUUAUUGUUGCGGCAAGUGUUGCAUCCAAGGUGAGGGACCUCUCUACAUCUGUUGAAACUCGUGUUAAUGACAAGAACUUUGAGAGGAUUUAUGUUCAGAAUGGUAUCAAUGUGAAGCCUUUGGUUGUUGAAAGAAUUGACAAGGAUGAGAAUAUUGUUGGUGAAAAUGAGUCCAGGAUUGAGGUCAAUGGUGAAAAUGUUAAAGAAGAGAUUUUGGAGCGUGUAAAUGGGGCUAAGAUUGAAACUAUCAAUAAGAGGGAGGAGACUAAUGUUGAAAAGGAGGCGUGGAAGUUGUUGCAAGAUGCUGUCGUUUUAUAUUGCGGAUCUCCUGUGGGAACUGUGGCGGCCAAUGAUCCAGGUGAUAAGCAGCCGUUGAAUUAUGAUCAGGUUUUUAUUAGGGAUUUCGUGCCCUCUGCUUUGGCUUUCUUGCUUAAAGGAGAAGGAGAGAUUGUAAGGAAUUUCCUCCUUCAUACAUUGCAGUUGCAGGUAUAA